AUGGAGGAGGUGAUGGAGGAGGUGAUGGAGGAGGUGAUGGAGGAGGUGAUAGAGGAGGUGAUAGAGGAGGUGAUGGAGGAGGUGAUGGUGGAGGUGAUGAGGAGACGUGUCCUGGUCCCCACAUGUGUCCUGGUCCCCACAUGUGCCCUGGUCCCCACAUGUGUCCUGGUCCCCACACGUAUCCUGGUCCCCACAUGUGCCCUGGUCUCCAUAUGUGUCCUGGUCCCCACAUGUGUCCUGGUCCCCACAUGUGCCCUGGUCCCCACAUGGGUCCUGGUCCCCACAUGUGCCCUGGUCCCCACAUGUGUCCUGGUCCCCACAUGUGUCCUGGUCCCCACAUGUGCCGUGGUCUCCACAUGUGCCCUGGUCCCCACAUGUGUCCUGGUCCCCACAUGUGCCCUGGUCCCCACAUGUGUCCUGGUCCCCACAUGUGCCCUGGUCCCCACAUGUGCCCUAGUCCCCACAUGUGUCCUGGUCCCCACAUGUGCCCUGGCUCCCACAUGUGUCCUGGUCCCCACAUGUGCCCUGGUCCCCACAUGUGUCCUGGUCCCCACAUGUGCCCUGGUCCCCACAUGUGUCCUGGUCCCCACAUGUAUCCUGGUCCCCACAUGUGCCCUGGUCUCCAUAUUUGUCCUGGUCCCCACAUGUGUCCUUGUCCCCACAUGUGCCCUGGUCCCCACAUGUGCCCUGGUCCCCACAUGCGUCCUGGUCCCCACAUUUGUCCUGGUCCCCACAUGUGUCCUGGUCCCCACAUGUGUCCUGGUCCCCACAUGUGUCCUGGUCCCCACAUGUGCCGUGGUCUCCACAUGUGCCCUGGUCCCCACAUGUGUCCUGGUCCCCACAUGUGCCCUGGUCCCCACAUUCCCCACAUGUGUCCUGGUCCCCACAUGUGCCCUGGCUCCCACAUGUGUCCUGGUCCCCACAUGUGCCCUGGUCCCCACAUGUGUCCUGGUCCCCACAUGUGCCCUGGUCCCCACAUGUGUCCUGGUCCCCACAUGUAUCCUGGUCCCCACAUGUGCCCUGGUCUCCAUAUUUGUCCUGGUCCCCACAUGUGUCCUUGUCCCCACAUGUGCCCUGGUCCCCACAUGUGCCCUGGUCCCCACAUGCGUCCUGGUCCCCACAUUUGUCCUGGUCCCCACAUGUGUCCUGGUCCCCACAUGUGUCCUGGUCCCCACAUGUGUCCUGGUCCCCACAUGUGCCGUGGUCUCCACAUGUGCCCUGGUCCCCACAUGUGUCCUGGUCCCCACAUGUGCCCUGGUCCCCACAUGUGUCCUGGUCCCCACAUGUGCCCUGGUCCCCACAUGUGCCCUGGUCCCCACAUGUGCCCUGGUCCCCACAUGUGUCCUGGUCCCCACAUGUGUCCUGGUCCCCACAUGUGCCCUGGUCCCCACAUUUUCGUUUGUUCCUCACGACUGCAGCGAGGAGCAACCGGACGACGACCAAACUCAGGAGCUGUCCGUGGUGGUGGAAUCUCUGGAUGGGCUGAAGCUUUCCCCUGGUGUCUCCCCUGGUGUCUCCCCUGGUGUCUCCCCUGGUGUCUCUCCUGGCCUCUCUCCUGGCCUCUCCCCUGGUCUUUCCCCUGGUCUGACCCUGGGCCUGGCGGACUUCGAGCUGGUGCGGGUGAUCGGCCGUGGGAGCUACGCCAAAGUCCUGCUGGUGCGACUGAAGAAGGACCAUCAACUGUUCGCCAUGAAGGUGGUGAAGAAGGAACUGGUGCAUGAUGAUGAGGAGGGCAUCCGGCCUGGAGACACCACCAGCACCUUCUGUGGAACACCCAACUACAUCGCCCCUGAGAUCCUGAGAGGAGAGGACUAUGUGAUCCUGGAGAAGCCCAUCCGCAUCCCGAGGUCUCUGUCGGUGAAGGCGGCCAGCGUGCUCAAGAACUUCCUCAACAAGCUGGAGAAGAAGCAGGCCACGCCCCCCUUUGUGCCUCAGAGCUCAGACGACUUCGGCCUCGAGAACUUCGACACUCAGUUCACCAACGAACCAGUUCAACUGACGCCCGACGACCAGGACGCCAUCCAGAGAAUAGACCAGUCGGAGUUCGAGGGCUUCGACUACAUCAACCCACUGCUGCAGUCCUCUGAGGAGAUACGAGAAUGA